AUGGAGAAUGCUAUAGCCAAGUUGCUGUCUCAACAUGACCCGCCUGUUGUCUCUCCAAUAAUCCUCAAGACGCCUGUUACAUCUUGUUGGGCGAUUCCUAAAACUAGCGAGCAACUUCAGGAUGUGAGGAUGGAAGGGGUACCUAGACAAACAAGAAAGCAAACGAGCUGGUGUAUGAGCGUGUGGAGUCAAUGGUCUGAUUAUAGGAAAGCUAAUUUUAUUGAGGAAUCUGAAGGAGGCUUUGCUUUAUCAGCUCGUUUGAUUGAUAUAUCUGUGGAACCUAGACUUGAAGAGUACAGGAAGUAUGUUGUGAAGCAAUCUGAACCCAUUAUGAUGGAGAUUGAAAACCUUUUAUGGGAGAAAGGUUUCUCAGGUGAUAGUAGCCCACAAGUUUUGGUUGAUACACUUGUUUUCUACAUUGGUCUAUAUUUUGCUUUGCGAAGUGGAAAGAAACAUCGAAGGCUUCGCCAUUCUCCUUCACAGUUGAGUCUUGUUGAGCCACCAACCAGUGUUUCUUAUUCGGUGUACAAGGAGGAUAAGACUAACCAAUGUGGUCUAAAGCAUCGUAAGAAGUCUGCUAAAGAAGUUGUUCAUCAUGCUAAUACAGAUAAUCCUAAUUGUGGUAUUGUACGACAAUACAAGUUGUACAAUGAAAAAUUUCCUCCUGAUAGACCAGCAGAUGCUUUUUAUUUCGGACCAAAAGUGAAUCCAAAGAAUGAUGACGACUGA